GGCAGGAGGAGGAGGGGUGUCUGUGGUGGUGUCGGUGCGGCACAACACCAUGAUUGUUCCCCUCUUCUUCUUCUCCUCCUCCUCCUCCUCUUCCUCCUUCUUCCUUCAGUCGUGGAGUCAAGAACCGGGACACUCAUUUCUCAGCUAAUGAACUCUUCAUCAAACCCCACACCCUGGUGAAGGCAGAGAAGCAGCAGUUUGGAUGCAGGUUGUGUGUUGUCUGCUGUGCCUUGGCCUGGCGCAGGCGCUCGCCGUGCUGCACAGAGACCAGGUGGCCCAGCAUGCCAUCAAGCUGUAUCGGACCAAGGGGGCCACACACGGCAACGGCUGGGUGGCUGGAAGCUGCAAGCGGCUGGUGGGUCUCCUGCGCCAGAAGAACGUGGUGGUCAAGAAGCUGGCGGCUGCUGCUAAUGCCGUUAGAAGAGACAAAAGCCUCUCGGAGCCUGAGAAACACUUCCAGGUUCACACUCUGGAGGUUUUCCAAAAGGAGCUGAACGAGAGCGAGCACCUGGUGUUCCAGGCGCUGCACAGCCUGCAGAGGGCGCUACAGGGAGACUACAGGGACGUGGUAAACAUGAAGGAGAGCAGCAGGCAGAGGCUGGAGGCCCUCAGAGAGGCAGCCAUCAAGGAAGAACAGGAAUACGUGGAGCUGGUGGCCGCUGAGAAACACCAGCAGGAAGCAGCGAAGAGCGCUCUGGCCCAGAACAAGACCCUGUCCAUGCUGGACGAGAUCCUGGAGGACGUGAGGAAGGCGGCCGACCGACUGGAGGAGGAGAUCGAGGAGCACGCGUUCGACAACAACAAACAGAUGAAAGGAGUGAACGUGGAAGCAGUGCUGAGGGUGGAGGAAGACGAGGAGAAUGGAGGGAAGAGGAAGAACAAAUCCAGCAAGAAAGAGGUGGAGGACAACUUUGGACUGAGCAUGCUCAUCGACUCGCAGAACAACCAGUAUGUUCUGACCAAACCACGGGACUCCACGAUGCCCAGAGCCGACCAUCACUUCAUCAAGGACCUGGUGUCUGUGGUGAUGUUGUCUCUGCCCUGUGGCUGGCUCUGCACUCUGGUGGGUCUUCCUCCCAUGUUUGGAUACAUCAUCUGUGGGGUCCUGCUCGGCCCGUCUGGCCUCAACAGCAUCAAGUCCAUGGUUCAGGUGGAGACUCUGGGGGAGUUGGGGGUUUUCUUCACUCUGUUUGUGGUGGGACUGGAGUUCUCACCUGAGAGGCUUCGAAAGGUGUGGAAGACGUCCGUCCAGGGCUCCUGCUACCUGAGUCUACUGAUGGUGGCGGCCGGUUUGUUGUGGGGUCAAGUCCUGCGUAUCCGACCCACCCAGACUGUCUUCAUAUCCACCUGUCUGUCCCUGUCCAGCACUCCACUGGUGUCUCGCUUCCUAGCAGGAGGAAGCAGGGGGGACAAGGAAGGUGACCUCCUGGACUACAGCAGCGUCCUCCUCGGGAUGUUAGUGAUGCAGGACGUGCAGCUCGGCCUCUUCAUCGCUGUCAUGCCGACUCUGAUCCAGGCACAGAGCGGAGACCUGGACAGCUUUCUGUUUGGGAGCCUCCAUGUCCUGAGUCUCCUGGUCCAGGUCCUGGUGUCUCUGGCCGUCGUGCUGCUGCUCUGCUCGCUGCUCAGAUCCUUCCUCAUCGGCCCUUAUUACAAGAAGCUGCACACGGAGAGCAAAGGCAACAAGGAGAUCCUGGUCCUGGGGACGGCUGCUUUUGUCUUCUUCAUGCUGACGGUAACAGAGUUUCUGGAUGUGUCCAUGGAGCUGGGCUGUUUCCUCGCUGGAGCUUUGUUGUCCUCGCAGGGUCACAUGGUCACGGCGGAGGUCAUGGGAUGCAUCGAGCCAAUCAGAGAUUUCCUCGCCAUCAUCUUCUUUGCAUCCAUCGGCCUCCACGUGUUCCCGACGUUUGUGCUCUACGAACUCACCAUCCUGAUGGUGCUGACACUCACACUCGUCAUUAUGAAGUUCGUUAUGGCCGUGCUGGUGCUGUCGGCCAUCUUGCCUCCGGGCUCUCGACACAUUCGGUGGGUCGUCUCGGCCGGUCUGGCUCAGGUCAGCGAGUUCUCCUUCGUCCUGAGCAGCCGUGCACGCCGAGCCGGCAUCAUCUCCAGAGAGGUUUACCUGCUGGUCCUCAGUGUCACCACUCUCAGUUUACUGCUGGCUCCUCUGCUGUGGAGAGUUUCCACACACAAGUGGGUCCCGCGCGCCGAAAGGAAAACAAUCACGUGACCACACCGAGCACAGGGCCUUAAAGGCUCCCGUGUUAGUUAUCACGAGUCUCACUUCAUUCCUACUCGACCAAACGUUCCUUUUCUCCUCCGUCUUUAUUUAAGGAGACUCGUUAUGCUGCUACAGAGGAGAAAAUGGAAAAAACGCCUCCUUCGGACUGUUAAUAAAUAAAGUUUUACAUGAAGGCACUUCAUACUCUGUUAGACAUCACACACACUAACAAUCACUGACCUCUUUCAUGGGUUGAUGGGAAGCACAUCUGCUUCACAGGUAAGAAGAAAAGCACAAAGGAGAAGAGAAGCAGAAAAGAGAAGCAGAGAUAUUUGUUCUUCUGUUCUUUUCAGCCACUUGAAGUCUGAGAAGUAUGAGUUUGUAGAAAUCACACGGACCAAAUCAGUCCGUUCAACUCUGUGUAUUGUUUCUGUUUUUUUUUUAUCUACAUUCUUCCUAAAAAUGACAUUAUUAUUAUUCUGUAUAACUGUUAUCUCGUUUCAGAUUCUGCUUCUGAUUGAAGUGAAAACCUGCAUUUAACCGACUGUACUUGUAGUUUGUUCUGAUCAUCGUAGUACUGUGAAUUUGGGUGUGGUGACUCCUGGUGUUACAGAGAAACUUAAGAAUCUCUGUUUUGUCAAAUUUUAGAAAAAGAAAAAAGAAAACGCUACACUAUACUGCACUGUAACCUGACGCUAAUAAAACAUGAUACUAGGGAGCAGAGAUCCAACUGAUUUAAGGAAGAACUGCACUAGUUGCACCACUGAAUGUCAAACUAAUGUGCCUGCAAAACACGUCCCUGCACUAAAUCCAAGACACGGAGUGGAAUUUUCUCUCUAUAAACGUCCUUGUCUUAUAAUUUUACAACGUGCAAUGUUAAUGUGUGUCUCACAGCCGAUUUAUACUGAAUGAUUUAAUAUUUUUUUGCUUUAAUUUUCCUGCAGUGUGUCAACAACGAGGCUGUUUUGAGUUUUACAUGUCUGUGCCGAUGACCAAUCUCUGUCUCCGCAAGGGACAAAAGAAACGGCUGUUCUCAUCCAGAUGUUCAUGUUUUUUUUUUUUGUUUUUUUUUUAAAUCGUCACCUUGGUUUGUUUUAUUUAUUAAAAAUAAGUU